AUGCCGCCAAAGAAGUCCAAAGGCCCAAAAGCCUCCGACACAUCUGCGGGCGGGGUUACUGCCGAAGCAUUGACGCGGUGGAAGAAUGUGCGCGGCCGUCGGGGCGGCCUGAAGAGCAUGAUCAAUAUGCCAAUGGACGUCAUCCAGGAGAUCUGUUUGUAUCUGCAUCCUCGCGACUUACUGACUCUCUCCCGAACGACGAAGUCGUUCCAUGCGUUCCUCAUGCAGAGGAGCUCCGCGUAUCUGUGGAAGGACGCCUUGAAGAAGCUCGAUGGACUCCCCCCUUGUCCGGAGGGAUGGAUUGAACCCGCAUGGGUAUCUCUCGUCUUCUCUCCGUAUUGUACCGCUUGCGGCGAGGGCAAAGCUGCAACAGUAGCUUGGGAGUUUCUCGCCCGAUUUUGCGCGAGUUGUAGGGAUAAAAUGGUCGUCGCCGAGAAUAAGUUGCGCCUCACAAAUGAACAGUGGCGGCAAUUCGGCAUGAUUUCAAAAGAGGCUUUCAUCAAAGCACCGGUAACUGGGUUCAAGCGACACUGCUACAUGUGGUCACAAAUCCUUGAAGUCCUCGAAGCUUACGGAACACUUGAUAAAUCUGGGAAGUCGAAGGAGGCAAGUGACUGCGCUAUCAAAUACGUCCAGCAGGCGAGACGGUCACAAGAGUAUGCGGCCCUGUGCCGAAAGUGGGUUGAUGAUGAAGAGCGCCUGCGGACCAAGGAAGUAGUAUCCGUCAUUCGUGAACGAUUCAAAGGCAUUGUUUCGAGGCUACGUGAACUUGGAUGGGGACCGGAGCUUGACUUUGUCAAGGCCCGAGACUACACGCCACUCUCUCAACAUAAGCUUGUGCUUGUUGCUAAGAAGCUCACCGACCGAGUAUGGCUGAACAUACAAAGCGAGUUGAUACAUUGCAUGGAAGGGAUACGCGAGGAGCGCCUGGAACACGAGAAUACGCCCAUGUUAACCGAGCGUUGGUCCAUUCUAGAGAGCGCGGGGAAGGAGAUCUUGGACCGUCAUCUCGCCAAACAUCCGGAGAUGCUGGACUACGGGCUGAACAUUGCGGACCUUGCUCUUACAACAGAGUUCCGUGAAAUCAUGUGUGCGCCCGCAGAUCAGGUCGUGGACCGAACGAGCUUCCUGGCGCUGGAGGAGCAGAUAGACGUGAUCAUUGAAGAUUGGCGGACACGCGUCUGCGAGGAAUUCCGCAAACCUUUUGUCGAGGGCAAAAUCAAGGUCAAGGCACCUCGGGGCGUGGACCCGCUUGAUCUCGCGACGACGGCAUUCGCCAUAUAUAAGCCACACAAGUCUCCAUCCGCGUUCUUCCCAAACAUCGUCGCAUCAAGUGGCGUUCGCUCUGCUACUCGGGAGGAGGGGAGAAACAUGUAUGAAAGGUUUAUAUAUGGACGAAAGGACAUACACUGCUAUGUACCUCCCACUCCUGACCUCUGCCUAAUGCGUGACUGCAACGCGCCCGAGAUCAUACGGAGCUGUGGCCUGGACCCGGACACUGCGACUGCGAAGGACAUGGAUGCUUUGGAUGCUAGGUGGGUCAGGAACGUGACCCGCACGAUUGUGACAUGGCGUACCGCAGUACUAUGGGGUGGGUCGGUGUGGCACCUAGCCGAUGCUCGGGAUAUUGCCAGAGCCAAGGAGCGAGAAGGGGCGAUUCUACCAAUAGCUAAAGACGCCGUAGAAGAGCAUCUUCGGGCUGAACACGGUGUCGAACACGUGAUCGUCGCAGAUAUAGAGACAUCAAGCUGAACGGGAGGCUGGCUGCAUCUGUACUAGCUCAGGCAUAACUUCGUACGGUGUGAUGAUCUAUGGAUGACUCAGUGGAGAUACAUAUGGUAUGGACUUCCCCGAAGAGCGAGAAGUGAUUUCAGGAAAUGCAAUAGUAUACUGUUCCAGUUUCUCGUGGUCAUAGUCCAUAGUCCGUAACACCGUUACACUGUACUCCAUAUUGAACUUUGACAC